AGCCCGAAGCAAGAGCCACCCGUCCGAGCUGACAGCAAAAGCCGGGGAACCAGACACACCCCUCUCGCUUUCCUUUCCUUGCGGCUGCCGGGAUAGGGAACUCUGGUGGGACCUUCCAGGAAACAUCAAGCUAGACUUCUAAGCCAGCAGGUCCCUCCCAGAGUGUCCAACCCGCCCAUUUUACAGAGGAGAAAACUGAGACCCAGAGCUGGUCACGGAGGGAGUCGUGGGUAGAACACAAGCUUAGGGAUCUGGGAGGAAGCUGAGAGGCUGAACUAGGGUCCCCAGAACCGCCCCUCCAACCUGCUCUCUCCGCCGCCUGGAACAUGGAGCAUCGGCGAAGGCCAGCCAGGUCCCGUGGCCUGGUCAGCGAGCAGGAGUGAGCCAGCCAGCCCUCUACCAUGCCCCCGGGGCCCUGGCUUUGCUUGGCCUUGCUCCUCGCAGCCCGGGCCCAGAGCUCCUGGAACCCCUGGCCCAGCAGGGCCCAGCCCCGGCGGCCCAGCGACCCCGGCAGUGCGCGCCACGCUCGCAGCUACCAUCACCUGGAAGGUGACAUCCGCUGGAGAAGGCUCUACUCCUCCACCCACUUCUUCUUGCACAUUGGGCCCAGUGGCAGGGUCGAAGGCACGCGGCAGCCCCACUGCCCCAACAGCAUCGUGGAGAUCCGCUCCGUCCGAGUAGGCGUUGUGGCCAUAAAAGCAGUCUACACAGGCUUCUACUUGGCCAUGAACCGGAGGGGGAAGCUUUAUGGAACGAGGGAAUACAGCCCCAACUGCAAGUUCAUGGAACGAAUUGAGGAGAAUGGCUAUAAUACCUAUGCUUCCCUUCGCUGGAGACACGAAGGCCGACAGAUGUUUCUGGCCCUGGAUGGACGGGGUGCCCCUCGCCAAGGUGGCCGGACCCGCCGGCAGCACCUCUCCACUCAUUUCCUGCCUAUCUUGGUCUCCUAAGCCUGAAGAAAAGGUCCUUGUGUAUAGAUAUAUAUUUUUUCUCUAUUUAUUAUUUUUAAAAAGACAAACAGGGGAAAGGAAGAUAUCUCUUUUUGAAGACCUCAUUAAAAAAAAAAAAAAAAAAAAAAAAGCCUGGGAAAUUCCCAAGCCAAUAACUGAAGAAUAUAGAGGCCCUGAAGAUUCUGGGAUUCUUGGCCCCCCAGAGAAGGGGUAGCCUCUGCUAGACUGUGUAUUUAUUAUACAAAUACUUGGAACACAAAAAUCAAGGAUCAGUGCAGCUGUAUUAACUGGCAUUUCUGAGUGCCUUAAGGAUUACAAAAUGUUUUCCUCACAACAGACCUAUGAAAGAGAGAGCGCAAAUAAAAUUGUUCCUAUUUUACAGAGGAUAAAACUGAGGCCAGAAAAAGGAAGUGAAUUGCCUAGGUUCACACAGGUAAUAAAUGGGCUGAAUCAGUA